UCUUGACCUAAAUCAGCAUUUACAUAAGAUUGAUAACGGGAGAACGUGUGUGGAGUUUGAGCGACACAAAUUACCUGUACAACAAGAGGCAGAUUGUUGUGUCCUCACAGUCAUCUCUCUACCAGCAACACAACAUGAAGAUCGAAGGCUCCGUUGCUUUUAUCACGGGUGCGGCCAUGGGGGUUGGAAAGAACGUGGCAGAAGCCCUUCUCAAAGAAGGAGCUAAGGUUGCCUUAGCUGACGUCGCCGUGGAGCAAGGGGAGGCAACUGCGGGGGACUUCAAAAAGGCGUACGGAGACGGCAGGGUAUUCUUUGUCAAAUGUAACGUUGCCGACGAACAGUCUUUUAAAGAUGCCUUCGCGAGCGCCGUGUCUCACUAUGGUCACAUAGAUCUGAUGUUGAACAACGCUGGGCUGGUCAACGAGCAGAGAUGGAAGAUGAUGUGCUCUGUCAAUAUUGACGGGGUGGUGAUUGGAACCCAACUAGCCGUGGAGCACAUGCGCAAGGACAAGGGGGGUCGUGGUGGCGUCAUCAUCAACACCGCCUCCAUGGUCGGCCUCGUCACCAGGUUCGUCUUCCCCGUCUACGUGGCCUCCAAGCAUGCUGUCGUCGGCUUUACCAACAGCUGGGCGGGAAAUCCUUACCUUGGGGACAUGGGACUCCGGUUUGGAACAGUCUGUCCCACUGCAGUGGACACAGCAUUCCAGAAGUUCAAGGACGAACAGUUACUUUAUCCAGAAGAGUUCAAGCAGAUGCUGAAAGCCAUCUCGCUCAUGGGCGUAGACCAAGCAGUUGAGGGCUUCCUGACUAUAAUCAAAGACGACGGCAGUAACGGCCGAAAUUUGGCCAUCACCAAGGACGGCUCAAAGUACGCCCAUAACCAACUGGUCGACGGCUAGAGACUGGUUCAUGGCUGGCUGAAUACCCUUGAAACACCACAUUCGAGCAUCCGGCGGAAGUUGUGAUGAGGAUAGAGAGUUAUCUGCCCGUGAAUGGCGAUGGCUGCAAGAAGAGCGCCUCCAUUACUUGAUAUCCAGGGCUCGGAUGAUCAGACAGCGAGUACAAUGUGUCGUAAAGGGCGUCGAGCAGCCUAGUUUUAUUAUUUUCUAAAUGAUACGUUUACGUAAUUCAGUAAACACACACACCUUUUUUGACGAUACUUUGGGAACAAGCAUACGAUAAUGGAAACAUAUAUGAAAUAUCUACAGCAACUGUGUAAAAAUGUAUAUUAAAAUAAACAGAAUGUCAUGUUUCA